AUGGAUUUCGUCAACGCUGCAGCGUCGACUGAUCAAUUGAAGGGCUCGUCGGUCGAUCAAUUCCAGCGUUGGUUUCCACAGUAUAGACACGUCUUCGAGAACAUCACGCAGGCCAACUGCUCAGUCCAGUACGGCAACUACAAGUCAGGAGUGAUCAACUCCACCAACAUCAACUACUUGGCUGGCGGUGACAAGUUCACAGCACUCACUCAACCGCUCGUCGACUGCAUCCUUGACAACACGUCCGAGUACCUCAAGGGAACCAUGACUAGCGCUCAGGUUAUGCUCGGCAUUAUGCCCACCAUCAUCACCUUACUUGGUCUCUGUAACGACGAGAUAGCGACGCUAUCUAACGUCGGUAGAAGGCUGCUUCUGGCUGCUGGCAUCUCCCUGGCAGCCCCUUCGGCCUAUUUCAGCAGAGCCUUUGAAUAUUUCGACCCAGGCGGGAUCCUGUGCCACCACAAGUACCGCCGUGAACAAUAUCUCCUCAAAAACCAUUGGUGGAUCUUGGUGUCGAUUAUAGAAUACGCUGUCGUUGCAGCAAUGGGUUGGAGUAUUGUCUCCAACACCAGGGAGGAGGUCAACCAAUGGACAAUCAACUCUCUCGCGUCAGAUGCAGAUUUCUUGCCAGAGUUGUGGUUAGCAUUCGACCCUUGCAUCCACUUCUUCAGCUACUAUGUCUUUCGACUUCGAAUCCAUGGGUAG